CACGGAACUCACUUAUUUACUAGUUCAAGAUGUAUAUUAAUUCGCAAAUCGGUAAACGACGUUUUCCGUUGUGCGUCGAUAAACAAUUCCUCGAUGAAGACCGUAAUUCCGCCUGGGUGAUGCAGGAAGUGACAAACUUUGCGCGGACACGCCACGAGGAAGAAACGCGUACCUUUUAAUCAAACAACGCGCAACAAAGAGAGUAUUUUGUCGGUAUUUUGUCGUUGAACGUUCUUAAAUUCAGCUUUCUGGUUUUGUGAGAUAUUUGUUUUCCGCUAAACAGGAAGCAUCCCAUAAGCGCUUACUUCCGACGAGACUCCUAUAUCAAGAGUGCGAUAUGCCACACAUGAGUUAGUUCACUCUCCAUUGCAUCCAGUAAAUCACUAUGAUAAUGGCGACAGCACUGAGAUUACGAUACUUCAUUGUUAUUAUUGGCGUCAGCUCAUUUCCGAGAUUUUCUGACGGUUUGUUUCAUGAGCUAAACGAGUCACCGUACGAAGGAGUUAAAGUAGUUACGCGCGGGGAACCGUGUCCCGAACCGCGAUAUCUGCCUGUCAGGAUCGAGAAGCCUGCUCAAGCUGCAAUCGCGGAAAAGACCGCAUCGGAAAAAUUAUAUCAACCGCUCAGAUUGAAAUACGAAACGAUCAACCCGCUGCCUCGACCGCAGUAUUUAUGUCAAGAAUAUCCAAUCUCUAUUGAAGUACCCGAAGUGCAGCCUCGGGAAAUCGCCACGUACAUUUCACUUCCUAGGAAAUCCUACGAUUACGACAUCCAGAUUCCACCGACCGAACAAAUCCCAACUUGUUACAACUUCGAUUUUCAAGUGCUUCCGUCCAAUCCAACGGAAGCGAAAAUGGAUUGGUCGUAUAAUCGAGAUUUCGCUCCACUUUUAAACGGACUCACCAGCAGAAUCGACAGAAUUGUAAUUCCCGCUUGUGAAAAUCCAUCCUGUAGCUGUAGAUUCUGUAGAGCUUUAAGUUACGUUUAAUAAGACCGUACUUUUCGUCUUAUGCGAAAAUAAAAUAUAUGACGAUCCAACACGAAGGA